UCACGUGACUGCUAAAAUGGCCUCCACAGAAAAGUGGGAAAAAGUUUUGUAUAAAGAACAAAAUGUUCCGGACAAUUACGUGGAUGAAAGUUUUUUGCGUGAAUUGAAAAAAAAUAGCAAUCUCCGAAGAUAUGAUUAUUGGACGACUGUUAGCCAAUCAGGUUCAGUGACACAACAAAUAAGCAGUGUGUGUAUAUUUUUAAUGAUCUUUAUAUAUAUGGAUGAAAAACAACUUUUACCAGAAACACUUUUCUACACAACAACAAUACUGACUGUUAUAUCUUAUGGUAUAUAUUGUUGGCUAAAACUUCCAGCAGUGGAAAAUAAAAGAACAAGUUAUGAUGAUAUAAAGACAGGUGUUAUGUUUGUUUGUUUUCUGUAUGGUUUAUCACCAGUUAUAGUAUCAUUAACAGAAACUAUUUGUACAGAUACUAUAUACGCUAUGACAUUUAUUAUGUUAUUAACUAAUAUAGUCUUCUAUGAUUAUAGUCCAGAUGAUAUACAGGUAGCUAGAGUAAAAGGAACAUUAUCUUUAAAUGCUGCAACUUUUGCUUCCGUUUGUUUGGCAUCACGUCUUAAUACAACAUGGCAUGCUUUUGCAAUAGUGACUUUCUCCUUUGAAUGGUUUGCUUUAUGGCCUUUAUUUACACAGCUAUUGAAGGUAUUGUAUCCAUCUAGUCAGAAUAUUCUAACAGUAUUACUUGGAGUGACAUCAUUAAUACUUUUAUCAACAUGGACAACUGUAGCAACAAUAGUCUUUCUGAUUGUUCAUCUGUUUAUUAAUUUCUUCUGUCCAUUCUGGUUAUUACGAUUACUGCCAUAUAAAAAUAAUAUAAAAGGUCAGUGGGAUGAGGCUGAAAUCAGAGAUUAGAAACCUCUCAGAGUAGCUGAUGUGGAAGAGGUCUUAAAAUUACAAUCACAUUGAACAAUGGAAAGAGCAGAAUUUCAUGUUGCUGUUUGUGGAGAGAAAUGCCUGUUGCAGGAUUUAAAUAUGAAGGUGAAUGGUGGAAUACAUAUGGAAUCUUUUUAUUAGGAGAAAGUAUCUGUCUUAUGUUUUUGACGAGCAAGUCCUUUUUAGGGCUAGAAUGUCAGGAAGUGCACUGUGGACUUCUGGGCCCAGUUUCUCGAAAUCUUAACUAAAGAUAAAAUCCAAAUUUUAGUAGAUACUUCAAUUUUGAUUGGCUAAGCACUAAAAUCAAUCUAAUAUUAUCCAAUAAAAUUUCUAAAAUUUGGAUUUUAUCUGAGUUAAAAUUUCGUGAAACAGGCCCCUGAUCAAACUUCUCAUUGUGGAUUUUGCAAUGUACAUUUACACAUGUUUUGGUUAAUUUAUAUCUAUUUUUUAUAUUUAUACAGGAAUAUUUUUAAUAAAUUUAUAAUGUUAUGUACAUAGUCUCUUUGAAUUACCCCCUCUUUUAACAACUGUAGCACAUGUAUUGUAAAAAAAAAAAGUCUUCAGUGACAUUUCAUAUAAUAAUGUCCAGAUGGAAUAUACCAUAUAUCACAAUAAGUUGUAUACUACCGAUUUGUUACCAAAUAAUCAACUUUGGAACUAUUUCAGAAUCUGUAAACUAAUAUGAUACCUAUUCAUUGCACAUGCAAUAACGUGAGUGAUGGACACUCUUGGUUUUAGACCCCACCACUUUGAAAUGAAUAAGAAUAAUAAUACUGGUAAUUACAAGAAAACCAACAUCCUCUAGUUGAUGAUUAUUGUAAAAGGAAACCAGAUUGAAAGUAAAAUUAAUAAUAAUGACACGUUUAUAGGGAGACUAGGGGGUGGUUGGAUGGUCAAGUGGUCUAAUGGGUGCACUUUAGAUCAUAAGGUCUAUCAUUGAGUUAAGUAGCAGGGUUUUGAUCCCAAGCUUGUAUGUGACCAGAAGUAGGGUCGUUUGUCCAACCUCGUGCGUUUUCUCUGUGUCCUCCGGUUUCCUUGCACUGCUAAGAUCCAUAUGCGCAAGUGAAAUAUUGAAAUAAAAUUGUACCAUAUGUUAAUCCUGAAAUUACCUAGUUUGUGAUGAGUGGACGUUUAAACCCAUUUAUUCUUUAUCUUUCUUUAUAUGGUGUCUGAAAU